UUGAAUCUAAAAGAGAUAAAUUACAAAGUGAACUUAUAAAUGUUAAAAUAGAAUUAGAUAAUAAAUCGAAAGAACUUGAAAAUUCUACGAAUUUCGAAAAAGAAAAAGAUACAUUAUCCAAACGUUUAGAAGAACAUCAAAACGGGAUGAAAACAUUUAUGACGGAAUUCGCUUCAGAGAGAGAAUCAUGGCGUCAAAAGGAAGAAGAUCUUAUUUCUAAUUAUGAAUGUGAGUUGAUGGAAAAAGAUUUGGAAGUUAAAGAAUGGAACGAAAAAUAUAAAAAGGUCAUAAGAGAUUGUGAAAAUUCACGAGAGCGAGUAAUAACAUUUGAACGAAAAGUUAGUGAAGCUGAAAAGACCAUUUCCAAUCUUCGAGAACAAAUUAAGAUUAUGGAAAGGUCACAAAGAGAAGAGAAGGAAAAACUUAAGAGACGACAUGAGGAAGCCAUAUCCAAUCUUCGAGAACAAAUUAAGAUUAUGGAAAGGUCACAAAGAGAAGAGACGGAAACGUUUAAUAAACAAGUUUCAUUAAGGAUGGAAAAUAAUAAUAGUACGAUAAUGAAAUUUCAAAUAACAGAAUUAGAAAAACAAAUCGAAGCAGUUAAAGUUGAAUGUGAUAUGUGGAAGAAAGAAUUAUCAAAGCAUAAAACCAAUUACUCACUUGCGGCAUAUGAAAAUGAUGUAUUAUCCAAAGAAAAAUCCGAAUUAAACAGGAAAGUGGAUUCAUUAGAAAAAGAAUUAAAAGAGUUAUCAAAUGUUCGUCAACUCGAAGGAAAAAUUUGUAGUCCUCAUUUUGAAACCAUGCCAAAUGUUUCUUGGCAAUUGGGAUUUGUUCUUGAAUCACCAAAUGAUCCCGAAUAUUGUGCAAUUUAUCUUCAUGCGAUAUGUAAUACAGAUGAGAUAGAAGAAUAUGAUCCAUUAAGGAACGACUGUCUACCUGCUCUUUUGUAUAUAAAAAGGUUGGAUGGAACUUUCAUCAAACAAAUGAUUACUUCUUCAAGGUUUCAGUUUAAAUCUGUAAAGAUUAGAAGAUUACGAAUGGCGCAAUUUUGUAAAAGAGAAUUUCUUACAGAUAGUAUAAUAAUGGGAGUAAGAUUAAGGAGAACAAAACUUCUUGAUCAAUUUGAUAAAUCUUUAAAUAUUCCUAAAAAAUCAAUUCAACUUAGGUCCGUACCUAGAAAUUUAGAAGUAGCUUGGAAUAAUGAAUUUAAAAGAGCUGGAUCGGGUGAUGUUAAAAUUACGGUUCAAGGGCAAACAAUUUAUGCCAGUAGUACCAUUUUAGCUAAACGUUCUGAUUAUUUUCAAAGAAUGUUUCAAGGAACGUGGUUUGAAUUGAUUCAAAUGUUAUUAUACCUUUAUACCGAUCAAGUGGAACUUAGCGAAUGUACAAAUAUUUGGGAUUUAUAUACAAUUUCAAACAAAUAUUUGAUCACCGAUUUAGAACUUAAAGCCAAAGCAAAAAUAAUUGAAGAUAUAAAUUUUUUUAAUGCUGCUGAAGGUUUAUUUGGAAAUGCUUGGAAAUGGCCUGAAUUAAAGAAGAAAUUUUUAAAAUUUGUGGUAAAACAUUUUCAUAACGUUCGAAAUAGUCCAGGUUAUAAAUAUAUUGUUACGAAUCAAUCAAAAUAUCCCAUGUAUUUAGAAAUAAAUACUGAGAUUUUGUUGAAUUUGGUUCCGGAAGCGACUACUUCUUCUUCUUGUUAA